AUGGCCACUACAGACAACCUUCCUGCUGCGGACGUGAACAGCUACGACUACAUUGUCGUUGGCGGCGGUACCGCUGGCUGUGUCGUUGCGGCUCGUCUGGCGGAAUACUUACCCAACAAGCGCGUUCUGGUGAUUGAGGCUGGCCCCAGCGACUUCACGGAUGAUCGUGUGCUCAACUUGAAGGAAUGGCUGAGCCUGCUGGGUGGUGAGCUGGACUACGACUAUCCAACCACCGAGCAACCUAUGGGCAACAGCUUUAUUCGUCACUCUCGUGCGAAGGUUCUGGGUGGCUGCUCCAGCCACAACACUUUGAUCUCCUUCCGUCCCUUCGAGUAUGACUGCCGCAACUGGGUCGCCAAAGGCUGCAAGGGCUGGGACUUCGAAACUUUUACUCGUCUCAUUGAUGGCCUGCGCAACACCUUCCAGCCCGUGCAUGGUCGUCACCGCAACCAGCUGUGCAAGGACUGGAUCCAGGCCUGCUCCACAGCAAUGAGAAUCCCCGUGAUCUCCAACUUCAACGCCGAUAUUCGCAAGACUGGCGAGCUGACCGAGGGCGUGGGCUUCUUCAACAUCUCCUACAACCCGGACGAUGGCCGUCGCAGCAGUGCUAGUGUGGCCUACCUCCACCCUAUCAUCCGCGGCGACGAGAAGCGGCCCAAUUUGACCAUUCUCACCAAUGCCUGGGUUUCCAAGGUGAACGUGGAAGGCGACUCCGUGACCGGUGUCAACGUGACCCUCAAGUCCGGUGCCCAGCACACGCUGCGGGCCCGCAAGGAGACUGUCCUCUGUGCUGGCGCCGUGGACACUCCCCGUCUCAUGAUGCUGUCUGGUCUCGGUCCCCGCGAGCAGCUGGCGUCGCUUGGUAUCCCUGUGGUGAAGGACAUCCCCGGUGUUGGUGAGAAUCUCGUUGACCACCCGGAGAGUAUCUUCUUGCGUCGCGAGGCUCCGGAUGCCGCAGGUUUCGAUGGCCGUGCCGCAGACAUCAUGAUGCACUGCUACCAGAUUCCUUUCACCCUUAACACUACUCGCCUGGGCUACGACGAGCCUGUGCAGGCCUUCUGCAUGACCCCCAACAUUCCCCGCCCCCGAUCUCGUGGUCGUCUCUACCUCACCUCUGCCGACCCAUCCGUUAAGCCUGCACUGGAUUUCCGUUACUUCACUGACCCCGAGGGCUACGACGCCGCGACCAUCGUGGCCGGUUUCAAGGCCGCGCGUAAGAUCGCCCAAGAGUCUCCCUUCAAGGAGUGGAUCAAGCGCGAAGUCGCCCCAGGCCCAAAGAUUCAGACCGACGAGGAGCUCUCGGAGUAUGGUCGUCGCGUAGCACACACGGUAUACCACCCGGCUGGUACCACCAAGAUGGGCGACCCCAUCCGCGACCCAUUGGCCGUUGUGGACCCCAAGCUGAAGAUCCGUGGCUUGAAGAACAUUCGUAUUGCCGACGCCGGUGUGUUCCCGGAUAUGCCCAGCAUCAAUCCCAUGUUGACUGUGCUGGCUAUUGGUGAACGUUGCGCCGAGAUGAUUGCUGAGGAGGCUGGCUGGUCCCACUCUCAGCCCCGUCUUUAA